CGUCCACACACAGCGAGACUCCGCAGCUCGUGAUUAAGUUCAUCCGACUAAGCGCAGUAGUUUAGGGGUUAAAACAAUAAACAGAAAGCGACCAUUGUGAUCAUUUCCUCCACACAGCCUACCGACAUUCCGAAGUAGUGUUCGUUAGUGUUUCACAAAGCGUUAGUUGAAGGGGCGUGUCCACUGAACGUGUUGUUUUGGGUUCGAGCCCCGUGUGUUGAGCUCAGCGCGGAUCCUGGUCAGCUGUCUUUGGGUUCUCUCCCCCUAAUUCUCUUCUUCGUGCUGGUUCUGCUGUGUUGUGUAUUAUUCAUGAAUGUCGUUUGGAGGCGGAGACUCUGAAGAUCCAUGCCUCCUCCAGUGUCAGCCUGAAAAAUGUUAGAGAUGUCAUUUGACAAAGAAACUGUUUUAUCUUGUGAGGGGCAAACAGACCUCACUUCCCAACAGCACCCAGAACUUACUAGAAAUGAUACCAGCACUCUCCAACCGUCCCGGAAGACCACAGUUAUAAACCUCAGCGAAGAGGCAGGGAGUGAGAAGUCACUGGAAGACAGAGAGAAAACCGCUAGCACAGAGAACGAUGCUGUAAGUGAGAGUGGGGUUGCUGGGGUCGAAGCGUUUACACAAAACGGCACCCAGCAGCCCAAACCUCAACAGCAGAAAGUCAGUAAGCGGCGCAGCACAAUGAGCGCUGGAUUCAAGCACCCCAGUUAUGGUAAACGACGCCGCCGUGCCAACUCUGAGAGCGAGUCGGUCCUGCCAACCAAUUUCCUGCUGGGCGGGAACAUCUUUGACCCUCUCAACCUUAACAGCCUUUUGGAUGAAGAAGUGAACCGGGCUCUCAACGCAGAGACGCCCAAGUCCUCGCCAUUACCGGCCAAAAGCAGAGACCCCGUAGAGAUCCUGAUACCCAGAGACAUCACAGACCCCCUCAAUCUCAACUGCCCCAGUGCAGGGGACGGCAGUCUGUUGGUGUCUCCCCUGAAAAGUGGCGGAGGCAGGCGAAGACAUCGGAACAAGCACCAUGGAGGGAGUGCUGGGAAAGCCUCGGGUGAAGGAAUAGUCACACAGAUCGAUUUACCAGAGUCUGAUGGCUGUGCAGGAGGACGAGACGAGGGAACAACAGCGCUCUCCGCAACGCCUCCGCACUCGCAUGUCCCUGAGGACCAAACCCAGUCGGACUCGGCUCGACUCGAGGCUCAGGGUUCAAGUAAACCCAGUUUAACCACAAACGGUGGUGAGGCGAAGGAGAAAACCAUUGACAUGUCAACCGCAGCUCCUUCAAGUAGACCGCGCAAACGCAGGCGGGCCGGAAGCAGACCGGAGAGCGCAGACCGCUCGGAUGGGAUGAGAAACUGGGGUCCGAGAUCUGGGGGGCAUUUCCAGCCCUCUCACACCCCAGAGACGUCGCAACCGCAUCCAAACCACUGGAGGUCGCAGAGCAACAGCAAUCAGCACCAACAACAGACCAAAAAGAAGUUUCAAUAUGGCAACUAUAACAAAUACUAUGGCUAUCGCAACCCUGGGCUGAGCGAGGAUCCUCGUAUCCGUGUAAUGAAUCCCGAGUGGUUCAGAGGGAAGGAGGUUUUAGAUCUGGGUUGCAACACUGGCCACCUGACUCUAACAAUCGCCAGAAAUUGGCGACCGGCGCGGAUUGUGGGCCUGGAUAUCGACGCAGCGCUGAUACAUGCAGCUCGGCAGAAUAUACGCCAUUACCUCUCUGAGGUUCACACGGAGCAGGCCAGACGCUCCGGGGAAAACGGGGAGGAGAGUCGAGGAGAAGGGAGCGAAGAAAAGAGUCAGAGGAAGGAGAAAGACGAGGAGAGUUUUAUUGUGAAAGAGGAGGAGGGUGAGAACAAAACCAAGCGUGUGGAUGAAGUGAACAAAUGCACGGUCGAAGGAGGAGUGGAAGUUGGUCGAGAGGAAAGGGAGAUUGAAAGCACCGAGGCUGAUUGUGGAGGAACGAGUGGGAAAGAUGAAGCAUCGGUUGGUCUCCCUGAUGGGAAGCAUUCGUUCCCUGUCUCGCUCCAGAUCUCUAGAGGACCCAUAGUUGGCCCGCCUCUGCCUGAGAUAAACACAGACCGUCUCCCUCCUGGAGAUUUUCCUGCCAACGUCACCUUUGUCAAGGGGAACUAUGUGCUGGAAAAUGAUAUGUUGCUGCAGACGCAAAGAGAAGAGUAUGAUGUGGUCCUGUGUUUGAGCGUGACAAAAUGGGUCCACUUGAACUGGGGUGAUGCAGGACUCAAGCGGCUCUUCCACAGGGUAUACAAGCACCUGCGGCCGGGAGGACUCUUCAUUUUGGAGCCCCAGCCCUGGAACUCCUACGGCAAGAGAAAGAAACUCACUGAGACCAUCUUUAAGAAUUACCAUAGCAUCCGGUUGAAGCCGGACCGGUUCUCCUCGUACCUGACUACAGAGGUGGGCUUCUCCAGUUACGAGCUCAUCGCAACAUCACAGAACUAUUCUAGAGGUUUUCAGAGACCAAUUUACCUUUUCCACAAGGGACGCUCGCCUCAAAAGUGACGGCAACAGUUUAACCGCCAACCUUGAGAAGAAAACACAAGACUUGGAUUUUGAAAACAACCAGCAUUUGAAGCCACUGGAACUUUAAAGAUAUUUUUCUUAGGAAGUAGAUUUUCAAUAUUUUGAACUCUUGAAUGGAAUCUCAUUGGUGCUGAAUUAGCAUUAAGUUGUUAAUGCUAAAUUGAAUUAGAAUGAAAUUGUUCCCCUGCCCUUGAACAUAAAGGAAAAUAUCCAUUGCAGUUUUACUGAAGAUUUACAGGUGCAAAUCAGAGUUCCCCCCUAACUCAAGCAAGCGGUUUUCAUCUCGCGUGUGAAGAAGCUCAGAGUUAAAUUCAAAGUACUU